GAGCGGCGCGGCAAGCCGCCCAAUAUUGGCUUACCAUUUAGUGCAAUAAUCCAUGCAAAUUGCGCCCACUCCGGCUCUAAAUUUGAUUUCCACUGCACAAGUCAGGAAGGAACGUGGAGGCGCAUCUGCUGCAUCGGUUCCGGGGGUUUUCGGUGCGGGAAGUUGGGGUUAAAACAUAAAGUAACUACCCAAGAGUUGAUAAGAUUCCGCGAGUGUGUGAAGUGACAGCUGGCUUGAGUAGGGCUGUGCCACAUGAGCUGUCAAAACCCAAAUCAAAACAAUGUAAACUUGAGCUGCAUUGACCCUCGCCUCCCCUUCCACAAUCCCGUUGUAAUCCGUCGGGCCAAAUAUUUACACAGGGAAAUCUAUCGGCAAACAAGGCGCCCGUCCCUUCAAACUCACUGAAAUCAAUCCGCGUUUACACGGUGCAAUCGCGAUGCCGCAGAGUCGAACCCGUUUCGCUAAUUAGUUCCCGCCCGGAAAUGGACGUCCACGGUCGACUGUUUCUGAUCUCGACGUUCGUCGCCAGUGUCGUGCUGUGCGUCGGAUCCAAGCUGGCCGAGGGGACCUUCCGGAGGAGCAGUUACGCCGGCGGUUACCUGCGUUACGCGGGCGACGGAUCCGUGCUGGCGUUACACUUUGUUUACCUGGCUAGCUCGCGCGAGGUUUGGUUAGCUAAGCCGAACGAGUCGCUCCGGCUGGUGGCGGAUUCGUUGGGCUCGCCGAUGGCGAGCAUUUACGCCCACCUGCAGUUUCUGGUGUCCGUGCUGGGUAACCACUACAUGUCGGUUUGUGCCUCGGACAUCGUUCUGGAGUAUUUGGGCAUCCUGUUGCAGCAGCAACGCAUGGUCCCGCUGGACCCCGUCUGGAGGGCGUACUGCGCUCUCUUCGGAAACGCCCUGCUAACCGCCCUGAACUGUCACAGCGUCCCCUGGACCACGGCGACCUUCGCCGUCUACAUGAAGUCCCUCUUCAUGAGCUUCUGGCUGGCGAAGGUCUGGUUCAACCUGCCGGCCAUCCAAGCCGCCAUCACCUCCAACCAACAGGACUUCCUCCUCCUUUGCGCCCUAACCUUCACCCUCCUCAUCAUCCUGAUCUCCACCAAAGAACUCGGCUGCUUCCCGCACGACGUAGUCUCCGCCAACCAAACCGUCCUGAUCCCGCUCUACGAACACCUCGUCGGAAUCUGCGCCCCAGAACUCCCCAUCAUCGCCGCCUGCUACGGCGCCGGCUCCAUGAACAACUUCUUCAUCGGGUCUGACCCAACCAUCCAAGCAGCCCAGUUCGGGCACCUCCCCUUCGCCCUCUCUCUAACCCACCCCACAACCCACGCCCCAAUCGUCCUCCUCACCACCCGCACCCUCAUCACCGCCUGCGCCGUCCUCUACCUAAACCUCUACGACCUAACCCUCCUCUCCUCCUGCUGGGACUUCCUGCUCCUCACCAGCGCCAUCCUCUUCGACGUCACCCUGCUCCGCGCCCGACACGUCGACCUCAACUGUCAAUUCACGCAGCAUCGUCCAGUGCUGCCAACCUCGCUGCUCCACGCCAGCUUCCAACUCGCAACCGCAGGUUGGAUCUUCCACCGAAUCUCCCCCCUUCGCCAAGUCACCACUACCCUACUCUUCACGGCCGCCCUCACGAUCGUGGCCUUCAAGGCGCUUCAAAGUGAACCGUUUGUCGAGCUGUGCUGUAACCGGGCCCGGCUGGAAUGCGCCGAUCGGGAGAGGCCGCCACCUGCGGUGGCCAAGGACGCCGCGGUGACGUCGCCGUGUUUGGUGUGAAAUUGUGCGGUUUUCCUCCCCCAAAAAGGUCGCACACGUGGCCACUUCCGGGAAAUGGAAUGUUAAUUCAUUCGUUAAUAAAUAGCUGCAAAAUAAACACAAACGAGUCCGUAAAUGCGAAAAACGAGAGCGUUUCGUGUGUGUGAAUAUCUUGCGUCGUUUACACACGUGUGCCACGGCUGG